AUGUCCUCCCCCGUCAACCUUCGCAACCCUGAACCUGAACACCUCGAUAUCGCGCCUGUGGGCUUUUUUUCUAGCAUCAGCCGCGAUCUUGUCAAGGAUAUGCCUUCCUUCAUCAUUCCCGAUGACCUCAAGGCCCAAGCUUUGGACUUUGAGUUUCACUGGAUUACGGAGAACGGCGAACGUCCUGGCCAUCUGACUGGCAAUCUCAAUGUGUCUCCCACGGACUCAUUCACAACUUGCCCGCCACUAGACAUCGUCGUCCUCGGGGUUCAUAAAGUAGGCUACCAAGCCAACGAAACGGAAAAGGAAUUCCUGCGUAAAUGUCAUGCAGACUGUGUCGCACUUCUCUGUAUCUGCGGUGGGUUUGAGUCGGUUCUCUCUGCUGGACUCUUGGAAGGCAAAACCGCGACAGCGCCGCGAGGGUUCAUCCCUCUGAUGCAGCAGGUAGCUCCUGGUACGAACUGGAUAGAGAAACGGUGGGUACAUGAUGGCAAAAUCUGGACGAGCGGAACACUAUUGAAUGGAUUCGACAUGGUCGCUGCAUUUGGAAGAGACACUUGGGGUGGCAAGAAUACACUGCUCGAGCAUUGUCUAUCCGAAAUGGCAUGGCCCGAAAGGGAUGUUGAUUAUGCGGAGGAUGUGAUCAACAAUGAGAGAUUCCGCCGUGUAUUGAGUGAGAGAAUCAUCGUCAACGGGGAGAAGAGUCUGGACUAUGUCCAGGGUCUGUUGGUAUACGUUGCAUGCCAGCUUUUCCAAUUCCUACAGAUUUGCAUCAACAUGGUUUCCGACCUGAAGCUCUCCCAGAAAACCCAUGAUAUGGCCGCCCAGAACGCUUGUCUUGGUUGCUAUAACUUAUCUUCAAUGCUAUUUAUCAAAGUUCAAAUAGCCUUCUUGCCCUUGAAAGACCUCCUCCGAAGUGACUUGAAUAACCCGCCCAGUAGUAUUUUACCGCCUACCCCAGCUUCUCCAGACACUGAUACCAUUGAAUCCGCAACAACCUGUUUUACAGAGAUACAAGCUUUUUUGGAAUACUUCCUGUCUGCACCUCUUGACCAAUACCUUAAUUUCUCAACCAGGGAAUGGUGUCUACUGAUCAUGACCAUUGCCAUUACCCCGCGCCUAUGCUUCUCCCCCGACGUCUCCAGCCAUUCCCAAGACCAGGCAACCGCCAAAAUGCUAAUCUACCUCGAAAGCCUCACGCAUCGCAUGGGAGACCUCUCAGCGUCAAGUAUUGGCAGCCAUCCGGACUUUUUCCACAUGUUCCGUUCUGUGCUGGAGAUCAUGUUACCUGCAUAUACCCCGCAAAACAAAACUACUCAAUACCGCGCAUCAGGCGAUGAUUAA